AUGUUGCAUGCAGCGGUUCCAUGGCCGAAGGCUGUGAGAGCUGAAAACUGGGAGAUCGCAGAGCAGGCGUUGCCUCAGGCUGGUCUGCUUGAAUCGAGCCCCCUGUGCUCGGUUGAGAAGUACAGAAAGCAGGUCAACGACGACAGCUUGGAUGCCGACACCAGGCAUCUCGCCGCGCUGCUGGUGGCUGCAGAAAAGAGUCUGGAAUGCCAGCAGCUGGAGGAGGCGCGUCGCUGCGCCUCCGAGGCAUUGGCGUCGAGCCGGAAAACAGGCGACUCCAUGUCCAUCACCAGUGCUGUGCGACUCCUCGUCUGCGCCGAGAACGUGCAGGGCCGACUGAAGGAGGCGCACGAAGUCGCGAAUGGCCAGCUCGAGGCGUUCCGAGCUUCCGGGGACAGAGCGGGAGAGGCAAGGAUGCUUUUGCUCUUGGCUGGCAUCAACUCCGAUAAGCGCGGCAGCCGAAACAGGCAGCGUGCAAAAGCGUGGGCCGCCGAGGCUCGGAGAUACUUCGCGGACACCGGUGAGUCUAAGCUUGAGGCCCAAGCUCUGUUGGCCUUGGUGAACAUCAUGAUGAAGCAGCGCGGCGAUCGCCUGGCUGCGGCCGAGGAGGUGAAGCAGUUGGUGAACGCGGCGGUGCCUUUGCUCCGCGCUGCCGGUGACCUCCGGGGGGAGGCUGUAGCUUUGCACGGCUUGGCCUGUGCUAAAGCGCUUCUGGCAGCCUACGAAGGUGCUCAUGUGGCGGGCAUGGAGGCUGCACAGCUCUUUCGGGAGGCGAAACUGCCGAGACUCGAGGCUUUCGAGCUGACAGAUGCCGAGGGCGCGGCCGUGUCAGCGGACGACGCCCUGGAGCUCUACGCGCAGGCGCACGCAUCGCUCGUGCAGAAUGUUUGGAGUCUCGAGCUAGGGCGCGACGAGGCUGUGCGACUCUUGGAGGGAGAGGCCUUGGGCCACAGGAACAUCCCCGUUCUCCUCAUCACUCAUGAAAUGCCUUUCAAGACUUCCAUCCCCGCAGGCCCCGCAGGCGGAAAGAGCAACCCACACCCGUCAAAGCGGAUGGCCAAGGCUGUUCUACAGACGCUGGUGAGAGCUUACUGUGCAAGCAAGGACUCGGGAUCGCUUCGCAAUCGGAAAGACAGCACACUCCGGCUAAUGCUACGCACUCUUUGCCGGCUGUGCCUCCACUGUGGGGACACCGAGCAGGGCCAGAUCGCAGCAAAAGAGGACUGCCAAAGCCAGCAGCAGUGCUAUCUCGAUGCCAAGGACACGGUGGCGCAGGCUCGACGCUUGUUUGCGCGUGCGGAAGACCAUGUCAACGAGGAGCGUGGGGAUCUGCCAGCUCAGACACAGGGCCGUAGCGAUGAAAGCACCGGAGUUUGCAACUCCAGUGCCGUGAUGAGUGACUGGGACUGGAGUUUCAAGAAGUUGGGAAUCGGGACUCAGGGUGAAAAAGCUGAGAAGGUCUUCAGGUCCUAA